GUAAUGAAUGGUGUCAUGGCAUUGAGGCAUAUACUGAUCUACCAGCUGCCAUUAUUGACCAUAUUAUUGCCAUUCAAGAUGUCUAGAAAACGAGCACCAGGACCCUACAACUAUGAUGAUGAUGAGGAUUAUGUUCCAAGCAAGGCAGUGAAGUAUUCUGAACGUGAAGAUGUGGGACCCUUGAAGGUGAAGAAGCACACUCUUGAUUCAGAUGAAGAGGAAGAUGAGUUAGAGGGUGAUGACCAGAAUGAGGACAAGAAUUAUGAUGUUUUGAAGGAAGAGGAUAUUGAUGGGCAGGAGGAGAAGACAGUAGAUUGUGAGGGUGACACUCCAAUAACACCAUUCAACAUGAAAGAGGAAAUGGAGGAUGGCCAUUUUGAUGGGGAUGGAUUCUACCAUUUCAAGAAGAAUACUGUACAAAUUAAGGAUGCAUGGCUUGAUGACAUUGAUUGGAUGAAGAUCAAGAGUUGUGAGGGAGAUGAAAAAAAGUAUGGGUCUGAUGUUGAGAGUGACAUAGAGAGUGAAGAAGCUGUCAGCAACAUCAUUGAAGUGUACAGAGAAAUAUUGGUUUUCCUUAUGGAGGGAGAAACAGUUGCCAAAGCAUUAAAGAGACUUGGUGGGAACAAGAAGAUUUCAUCUGCUCAAAAAUGGAAACUGAAAAAGACUGGUGGUGAUGGGAGUGAGAGUGGAAGCCAGAAGAUGUCCAGCUUCCUGAAACUGACAGAGCUGGCCAAUAAAAUCAUUGAGACUGGCAACAUGGAUAUCUACCAAGAGACAUAUGAGAUGAUCAAACUGAAGAUUGAACGCUCUAAAGCUCCAGCUGCUGCCCUACCACUAGAUAUGUUUGCUGAAGAUCAGAAGAUGACUGAUGCAUAUCAGGAGAAUAUUGGCCAGGAAGAACAGGAUAGUGUUGAAAAAGUGAGAUGGGAGAUCCGUUGGGAGGAUAAAGAAGAUGCAGAAGUACAUGGACCAUUCCCCAAUGAGAAGAUGUUGCAAUGGCAGGAGUCAGGCUACUUUGACAAAGUGGCCUAUGUCAGAAGAGUCUCAGACAGGGCAAGAACAUGGUAUUCAACAAAGCGCAUUGAUUUUGAACUGUAUAGUUAGUAUGUGUAAUGAAUGGGGGAUUUCUCUCAGCAUCACUGUUAUUGAAGGAGACCUGUUUCUUGUCAACUUUAAUCUCCUUUUCCUGCUGACACAAUAAAUAUAUUCAUCACUAAAA